CACUGGCCAAGCAAGACCGCGGCGGCAUCGUCAUUCACUUCAAGGUCGACCAUGGACUUCCAGAAGCUCCCGCUGAAGCAGUUCCCGCAGGCGACCAAGACCAUCUCGCCUGAAAAGUCGUAUUGGUCGAAGCUUCGCGCGCCACAUGAGCUCAAGCAAGUCGCGAUGAUCUCGAGCAUCGAGGCCAACCCGUCCGCGCCGCACGAGUUUGCUGUGUCCACGUCUACCCGCGUGCAGUUGUACAGCACAGCGACGAAUGACAUUGUCCGCACAUUCUCUCGCUUCAACGAUGUCGUGUACAGCGCGUCGUUUCGCGGCGAUGGCAAGCUGUUGGUUACAGGGAACGCCAACACACAAGUGUCUGUGCUCGACGUCGGGUCGCGUACGGUGCUUCGGAUCAUGAACGGCCACAAAGGGGCUGUUCGGUCUGCCAAGUUCUCCCGAGACCACGUGCAUAUCUUCUCUGCGUCCGAUGACAAGACGUGCCGCUUCUGGGAUCUCGCGACGGGCACGCCCGUGGCUGUCAUGGGCGACCACACCGAUUACGUUCGCCAUGCCGUGCAGCAUCCGUCGGCAUCAUCGCAUGUGUGGGCCACUGCCUCGUACGAUCACACAGUUAAGCUGUGGGACAUGCGCAUCGCUGCUGGAAAGACGUCGUACUCGUCGACGCUGUCCAUGGACCACGGUGCGCCCGUCGAGAAGUGCUUGAUUCUUCCUGGUGGCAACUUGUGUCUGAGUGCCGGGGAUAACAUGAUCAAAGUCUGGGACCUGCUCAGCGGCGGCAAAUUGCUGCACCAGUUCUCGUCCCAUCAGAAAACGAUCACGAGUCUGUCGAUGGAUGGGACAAAUACGAGGCUCGUGUCGGGGUCUCUCGAUGGCCACGUCAAGAUAUACGACUUAGCUUCCUACGAAGUUCUCCACGGAUUCAAGUUUGGCGACGGCGUCCUCUCGGCCGCACUCACGCCGUCCAACUCGCACUUGGCGGUCGGCACUGUCUCCGGCAUGUUAACAGUGCGCCGCCGCAUCACAACCGACGACGCACCAGCCACGGACGAACUACCUGUAGUGCGAGGGGGUAGCUACAAGUAUUUUUUGCGCGGCACCCGAGCCAAGCCGACAGACGCGGACCACGUCAUCACUUCUCGUCGACACGCGAAAUGCGCGCCGUACGAGCAGGCACUGCGGGCGUUCGACUAUCGCAAAGCUCUGGACAACGCUCUCGACACGAGAAAUCCCACCGUGAUUGCGAGCAUGCUGGAAGAGCUGCGACUGCGGCAGGGUUGGCAGAGUGCGCUGGCCUACCGCAACGAAGAGGCGCUGGAACCGCUGCUGUCGUUCUGCAUCCGCUACGUGACGGACCCCAAAUACGCCGCGUUGCUCCUUCGAGUGUGCACGUUUCUACUCGAGUUGUACAGCCCCAUGCUCGGGACGAAUCAGUCUAGCGCGGUGUUGGAAGGCCUCUUCUUCAAGCUCAAGAACAGACUCAAGGAAGAGCAGAUUGUCCAAACAUCUCUCUUGCAAGUCAUGGGCAUGGUUGAGAGCAUCAUGACGGCGCAGUCGACAGCCCACAGUGGCACGCCGAGUGUCGCCGCUUCGGAGGAAUUGCCGCCUGCUGUGGAAAUUGCCGCGACGAAUGUUAAAACUCAGUAGACAACAUAUUUGUGUACCUUUGGAGCUUUGCUAAUAUUUGUGCAGUGAGCG